UCCAAUCCAAUAGGCGGAGUGAAUGCGUUUAGACAGUCUGGGCACUUGGCAUAUUGCAGUGUAUUUUCCGUCCACAGGGACUCUCUGUCCACAAAACAAAGGAAUGUAAUAAUCGCAAACUGUAGCGCAAGCUCUACCUCCGCUGUCACAUGCUUUCAGAAUUGCAUAGCUACCAGGACUUGAGCAUCGAACUGAAAAAACGUGGCCGAAUGUUUUAGUCCAUGGCACAGUGCACGUAAUUGUGUGUCACAAGUAACGAAGGAAAGAGAGCGACAUCGAUGGAGUUACCACUUGAAACUUGAAUUUGUUUCAGAAAUGUAGAAUUGAUUGUUUAUCUGAAAAAGGUAUGCACCAGUGACAAUAGAAUUUGCACGGCUACCGGAACGCAGACGGUUGUUGUAAAAUAACUUGUGCAGUCGAAACAUCUGGAGCAGAGCUUUCUUUUUAAAUAACCGCCGAACUGCACUUUGCAAUGAAGAAAAGAAGAUAUGGCCAACCAUUUGAACAUUUGCGAUGUUAAGGACAGAGGUAACAGAACAAUGCGACAAAUUCUGCAGAGGAGAAAACUUCGCCAACUUCGGUUCGCUUGGGCAGUCGUGGCAGUUGUUGCACUGUCGCUUGCCCUCUGCAGCGCCCUAUUUACUGCAUGGACAUGGGGACAGACGCGGGACAUGUCUCGAUCAUUCAGAACUCUACAAGACAGUAUGGAACAAUUAAGUGCCCAGCGUGACACAAUCGUUCAGCUGUUACUGGAAAGGAGAGAUUUACUGGAGGGCCAGAGGGUGAAAAGAGAUGGUGGAACUGGAAGAAAAAAUUCAGGAAAUGGAAGAAAAGUUGCUUCUCAUUUUGAAAUACAUUCCAUUCAGAAAGUGGGAGAUGACGGCGCUAUUAAAGGCUGGAUCGAGGAGCCGCUGAAUGUGAGCAAGGCAGUGCAGUAUGACCCUGACAAGGGGACCUUCAGGGUGGAGAAAAGUGGAGUCUACUUUGUGUACUGCCAGGUGCACUUUAACGAGAACCAGAGUCUCUAUGUGAAGCUAGAAGUGGCCGUGAACAGGGCCAGUAAGCUGAAGUGCAUGGAGGGGUACGCGACCACGCCUUCCUCUGGCCCACUCCAGUUCCACUUCCUCAAGCCGUGCCAGGUGUCAGGACUGUUGAGGCUGGAGAAAGGGGCUGAGCUAAAGGCCACAUCAGUUAAACUGUACAGGCUGCACCCUACUGCCAAGCACUACUUUGGUCUCUUUAAGGUUAACUGAGGGAUAAUAUCACACAACGCCUGUGGGCAGCCCUGAGCUAAAUCUGUCUUAAUCUGCAAAGCCAGGAAGAAGCCUACAGCAUGUGUGGUUGUCCUUGCGACCACCCCAAAGACCCCAAACCAUUGAUCUUGGAUGCAUUUUUUUGGACUGUAUUUCGGAAGUUGUGCCAAUUUUGGUAGCCUCGUAGACAUUGACUCAUAAUAGCUAUGUUUUGACUGUUUUGUGUGCAAUUCCCUUCCUAAUCUAGAAUUCCAAUCCUGUGCCUCACACUUACUCCCCAGCUCAGGAGGAGUGUAUUCUCCUUGCUACAGAAAGGAGGAUGAGCUUUGGUUUCACCAAUACUAUUACACAAUGUGACUUGGUGUCUAAUACUAAUGCAUUGUGGGUCACUCCAGGACCAUGGUGAUUAGCGGAGAGUGAACUGAACCUGCACCACACUAAACUUAGAGUCUGUGCAGGAUACUAUGUAAGUGCUGUGUAUUUCUGUAUAAGGCAUUGGCACGAAUGUACACCGAUUUCCAAGAAUGAUAAUCUCUAAGUUAAUACGAGGUUGCACAGCUGACCCCCCUUCGCUGCCCUCUGCAAUAAGUAGAGCAAGCAGUUUCGCAACUCUGAUAUCAUGUAACCAGCGCUGAGAUUUUCCUCCUUCUGUUGCAUUGAACUGCUGCCUCUUUUGAUUCCCUUGCAUUUCCAUGAAAGGUGUACAUUCGCCCAAUGCAAUAUUCUAACUGCUGCUGUAAUGCAACGAUGUGAAUGUUUCUACAAUAUCAGAUCAGUGUUGUGGGAGGAUGCACAGCUUAAUCAGUUAAUAUAGUUAAAAUACUCAAAAUUGUAAUGAUUGUGGACUUCUGCCUUUCAGGCUCUCCUUAGCCGUUUACUUCUUAACUCUGUGAUUCCAACCUGUGUUCUCAGAGAUGUACCGUCCUGUAGUUUUUCACUCUAAACCUAACAAAGCACAAGAGCUAGAGAUCUUGUAGUGUGGCUAAUUAAUAGAAUCAGGUGUGCCAAAUUAGGGUAAAUGAAAACCGGACAGGACAGUAGAUCUCCAGGAACAUGGAUGGGAACCACUGCACUAGGCAAUAUUAUGUUAUGCAGACACUGAUUAGUGUAAUUCCUGUGUGAAGAAUCACAUUAAAAUAAGUUGCAUUAGACUUUUGGACAUAGGGGAUGCAUGUUGAAAAGGACUGUUAGUAAGGGUAUUUCAUGAACAGUUAUUUGUAUUCUUUCCAUUUUUAUGAACUCUCUUUAUACCUGUUUUCAGAUAUGAAUCUGCAUAGCUUUAUUUUUAUAAUACAAAAAACCAAAGAUUAUUAAAAAUAACUAAACCAAGAA